AGAGACCCGGGCUACACCACCAUCCUUCCCCUGAACAACCUGCCCCAGCAUCCCUCGACCCUCCCCGUGCAGUGCCAAUACGACUUCCCCUCCAGCACCUCCUUCCCCUUAGAUGACAAUAGGCAGCACUACAAUCUAGGUCUUCAACCACACAACUCAAGUGAAAGUCUCGAUUCACCUUACUCAGCCCUACAGCAAACAGCUCCACAGACCAGCAGGAUUGUUAUCACCACUAAGAAUGUCGAUCCCUCGUUUUCUUACGUCAAAGAAGUGGAUGUAGGCAACACUGUGAUUUCUUACGUUCCCCAUAAUGUUGUGUUCAGUGAGGACCCAGACUUUUUUGAUACUGUCCAUGAUGUUGUUCAUGUUAAAUGUUUCCAAACUGACAUUAACUUUUCCAUGGCCUUCCUGUGCAAGCCGCAGGAUCUCCCAGAAAACUGUCUCGUUGUCUGGGCAGUAGAUGAGAAAGUCCGGCAAAAUGCGAUGUGGAGUAGCCCGGAACACCUGAAAGUAAAAGAAGAAAAGCUGCAGACCAGUGCCAAAGUUCCCUGGUUCAGAAGCAAAAGUGCAAGCAAGGAGCAGCUGCUCCACCUUUCCCCCCGCGGCCCAGCCAUGACGGAGCCUCUCUACCAAGGUGCACAGUCAGGAUCAAAGAAAUAUCAGGGCAGAGUCCCUUCCAUCGUGGCCUUGCUGACCCACCAUGCCAAGAGCCACCACAAAGUUCAGAAGACUGCACCACAACCUGAGAAGUCCAUUCUAAAGGCAUUCCAAGAUGGUUCCUCAGAGAAUGAAUAUGGAGUCUGGCAGCAAAACAGAUUUGCUCCAGUUUCCCGAGAGAUCCACAAAGCUCUGGCCGCAGAGGAGGAAGAAAUUACGGAUAAAUCUGUGAGGCAGAUGGUCGACGAUUUUGACAAAGGUACUGGCUAUGGCUUCAGUUACCACCUCAGCCCGUCCACCAGGGUCACACCAUCAAGUCGGCCGUCAGUUCUCAACAUACCGCCGCCUCCACAGAUGCCGCUGCCUCCUGUGCCCGAGGCUCAUGACUACUCUGAGCCCCAGCCCGGCCCCUCCUCUAGGAGAGACUCAAGUCCAAGGCUGGCCAAGCCCUCGGUGACAUGGAAACAGUUCCAGUCCAACACGGCAAGCAAGGUCCACCGGCUGUGCCAACCUGUGGCCUACAGGGCUCAGAGGUUGUCCGAGUCCGUCACCUUCCUGAACCCCUACACGCAGAAGGCAGAGUACGAGGCAGCAACGGAAGAAAAGGGUUCAAGCCAAAUUAUAUUGACUCCCCACUCCGAGAAACAAAGGAGGGAGUCAACUUCCCUGUUUCUUCCGGAUGACGACGACCUCAUCAAACCCAAGGACAUAGAUCAACAGAAACUAUCUACUGUCUUAGUUUUGUCUUUGUUUGUUAUUGCCCUAAUUAUUUUUUACCUAGUUUAUUUCCUGUAGACUUUGUUGUAUGUUCACUCCCCCAUUUCUGUGUUUUAGUUGUGACACAAUUAGUUGAUAAUCUGAGAGCUGUUCUGAGGGAGCUUCUAGACGCAGUGUUGUAGCUUACAUGACGUGUUAAUGUGUUGCUUCAAGGACAUGAAAGCAGAGCUAUAUCUUUCUGGCUGCACAAAUACCUGAAAAGGCAAGUAAAUAAAUACAUGCAUCAAGUAGCUGGUUUAUGUCUCUGAUGCUUUUGAUAACCUACAAUGUACAUGUUGUUAAGUCAAGUAAUUAUAUAAAGAAGUAUAUUGUUAUAGCAAUAAUAUAUUCAUGCAAAUGAAGAUGCUGCAUGUCUAUUCUACUUGGUAAUUUAAGAAAUUUCUAAUUACCUUCGUAUGUGUUGCCUAUUAUUGAUUUCUAAAUGCCAUUUAUGUUGUAUGCAGUGUUGCUUUUAAGGAUGGUGUUUUGAUAUUUAUAGAUUAUAUACAUAGUUUAAUGUUUAUAUAUAUAUUCGAUGCUUGAAUCAAUAAAUUAACUGCUAA